AUGGUGCGCACGUUAUUCUAUUCGAUCAUAAAACUAAUGAACCACAUAAGAGAAGGUGCAAGCACAGGAACGUCGACUGCUAUUUGUCGCUUAAGUACAGUGAAAAGUGUUGUGCAAAUUCGCUGUCGACCGUGUCAAGAAAUUUUGUCCUGGUAUAUCCUUUUAUCCAUUUUUUCGUUGAUAAGCAAAAGCACGAAAAAUAAAAAAAUUUAUGGAUUGUUUGAUAAAAUCAUAAUGAAGCGCAAAGAAUCAGUUCUAGGCUUCAAUAACUUGGGUUUCCUUAAAAUGUCAAGCUGGUCUAUUUCAUUAAAAAAGUACUUACAUACUCGAGUGGCUCAGUUAUCAGUUUCAACAAUAUCCGCACAUGCAUUAUCACCUUUAUCUUCGCAAAUUUUAUUCGAAUGUCGUCAGUGUUCGUUCGAAACAACCGAAAAAAAUAAUGCAAUCGAGCAUAUGCAGUGUCACCGAAAUAUGAUUGAUUGUAAGAAGGAAGAUAUGGAUUUGUGUCAUCUUGACUCAGUUGCAAAAAUUAUGGCUUCAACAAAACAACAAAUGGUCGGCCCUAUAAUUCGAGUCUUUGGGGAAGAAAGUGAAGAAAGUUGA